AUAUGAAUAAAAUAAGCAUUCUUUACUACUUAAAUAAGUAUUUUUUUAAAUAAAAAAAGAUUUUUAAUGUGAGAAUGUCCACAAGAAUGAUAUGCGUCUAAGGGCAUUUACAACCAUGGGGAUUCAGCCGCGCCACACCGAAUUCGAGGCCUAUUUGCGGCCCACACAUCGCUGCAAGCCCUUCGCCGUGCCGCACGCCGCGCUCCUCACCCUAACCGCGACGCAAAGCCGCGCUCAAUUUGAGGCUGAAAUUUGUGGUGGCUGCCCACAACGGACGAGGCUAUCCAGGGCUUUAGCCAGGUCAUGGCCAUGUGUCAACAGAAUGGGGGAUGCCUUUCCUCCCGGGCAUGUUUCCAUUUGCCCUUCUAGGCGCUGGAACGAUGCCCCUGCAAACUCCAUUGACGGUGUCCCCCUUCCAGACGCCGAUUCCACAGCCAUCACCUUUCCAGCCACAGCCCACAAGAAGAAGAAGGAAAAGGCCCUCAAACUAGCAACUCCCCGUGACUCCGCCUUCGAAAGGUUGGGGGAAAGGGAGGAUGGUCAGAGGAAAUCAGCCAAGCCGAGGCUGGGCAAGAGCGUUGCCCAUGUAAGCGCUUUUGCCCGGCUAGGAAAGGGGAAGGAGGCCGAGCCUGCCCGUACCCAACGCUCUCGGUUAAACCGGCAAGCACCUGCGAAAUCAAGGGUUUCGCGUCAACAGGAGGAAGCUAAGAGCAAGCCCCGCGAGCCAGUAAGGAACCGCCUGACUAUCCCAGGAGAUCGCGUCCAGCAGAUGGAGGCGAAGCUAGAAAGGUUGGAAAAGAAAGUGGGAGAGAAGAAGGAGCGGGAAAGACCCAUUGUCAGUUCCCCGUUCACCGCAAGGGUACAUUUGACACCUUUCCCGCGAAAGGUCAAGGUGGAUGCACCAAGGUUCACUGGGAAGGAGGAUCUCGAGAUUCACUUGGCUCCUUCAAUCAAAGUGCAACCAUGAAUGGGUGCACAGAUGAAGAAAAGAGACUUCUUUUC